AUGUCAAUGUCUUCCUUAAGAUCGCACUUGUUGAUCCUUGUCUUACUUACACUGAACCACAGCGGAAGCUGAUUUUGUGUGUUAAUGCAGAACAGGGCUCACUUGACGAGACUUGACAUUGUUGAACUUCAACAGUCUUUAAAAUGAUCUUCUGCUCCAUCUGUCUCUGUGCAGAAGAGUAUUCUUAAAGACCACCAUGAGAAGCACAACGUCUGGGGCAAAGAUGGAUUCUACGUGCUGGUCAUCUGCCUCACAAUAUUCAUCACCAUCUUCACCUGUUUAAUGUCUUUUCUCAGGAGAAACAUCUGAGAAGCAGAAGACUUCAUUAAAGAUCUCCAUUUGCUCUUCGUUUAAUCUCAUUGCUGAAUUGAAGAGAUCUCAUUUGUGAUUUAUUCUUCUGACAGGUGCUUUACCGACUGAAGGAGAAAGAACUGUUGGAUCAGCAGUUGAAAGAUCCGUCAUCACCCCUCCAGGACUUGGAGCUGUCGCAGAUCCCUGUUCAUGGUGCUCAGCCCCCUCUGACUCUCAAGAACAGCAUGGUACAGGCCAACCAGACCUCCAAAAAAUCCUGUGCCACCAAUUCUACCAACACCAUCAGCACAAGCAUCCCGUCCUAUAACGUCAACAUCCCCCAUACUGAUUCCGGCGUGAGCUCAGAGCUACAGUGCCCCACUGGACAUUCUGUGGCUGAACUCAAACCCAGCAUCUCCUCCGCACAUUCACCAUUUAGGAUGAAACCCGUUGCAGGACUGCAGGAGAGACGGGGUUCUAAUGUCUCACUGGUUCUGGAUAUGAGCGCUUUAGGUUCUGUUGAGCCUGUAAGUUGUGGGGUCAUGACCCCUUGUGAACGUGUGACUCAAGAAUACCUGCAGUCAGCCAGUCGGGCGCUCUCACGGCAGCAGCUUCAUGAUGUCACACGCAACACCCAGAUGCUUCAUGCAGAGUUUGCGGAAAUUCCCAUGAAUUUUGUGGAUCAAAAAGAACUGGAUAUCCCAAAUUAUGGAUCAAAAAACCGAUACAGGACCAUUUUACCAAAUCCACAUUCCAGGGUUCUUCUGAAGACUAAGAACACCAACGACCUGCUCAGCAGUUACAUUAAUGCCAACUACAUACGAGGUUAUCUUGGAGACGAGAGGGCUUUCAUUGCCACUCAGGGUCCAAUGAUUAACACAGUGAAUGACUUCUGGCAGAUGGCCUGGCAAGAGGACUGUCCUGUCAUCGUCAUGAUCACCAAACUCAAAGAGAAGAAUGAAAAAUGUGUUCUGUACUGGCCUGAAAAGAGAGGGAUCUUUGGGAAGGUGGAGGUCUUCAUUAGCAAUGUGAAGGAGUGUGACCACUAUAUCAUUCGUAGCCUUAUACUGAAGCAUGGAGGCCAGAGUCGUAAAGUCCAGCACUACUGGUACACCUCAUGGCCGGAUCAUAAGACCCCGGAGAGUGCCGGUCCCUUGCUGCAGUUAGUGAACGAUGUCGAGGAGGACAGGAGGACUUCAGCAGCCUCUGGACCUGUUGUUGUUCACUGCAGUGCUGGAAUUGGUCGGACGGGGUGUUUCAUUGCCACAAUGAUUGGCUGUCGUCAGCUGCAACUGGAGGGAGUUGUGGAUGUGCUGGGAAUUGUGUGCCAACUGAGAACAGAUAGGGGUGGCAUGAUCCAGACUGAGGAACAGUAUGAAUUUGUGCAUCAUGCCUUGAGUCUGUUUGAGAGUCGUCUUCCUGCGGAUUCGGAAAAAUGAACUUUUAAGCCUUUGAGCACGUGUCUCUCAAGAGAUCUGUUACUGCCAUAAGGUUUCUGAAGCAAGAGAGAUGAAGACAUAUAAUGUUUCUGGAGAUGGAUUGUCAUGGAUGUGUUAUGUACAUAUGAAGGCGACAGUUGCGACAUUGACGACUUUAAUGAUGUUGUCACAUGUAACUUAUCAAAUGUAAUUCCUAUCAUGAUUUUACAAAAGCCUCUGUCAUGUGAGCUUGUUGCUUUUCAAAUGGUUUUGCCACUAGUGUUAGAGUAUCAGAGUGUCAUUGUGCAAGAAUCGGUUUCACUAGAGAACAGUUUCUUCAUACAGUACAGAGACAUCUUCAAUGCUACUUUUCCUUAUAAACUUUUUCCUAAUUACCGGUACUGGUUUGAUAAUAUCAAAUGGGCAGUUUAAGUAUAUUGAGUUGUUUUUACACUGAAGUACAAAUCAGGUAUAAAUAUUCCGUGCGGUACUUAUGUUUUUUUUUAUUUUUUUUAUUUAUUUAUUUUUUUAUAAUUUCAUCAGUUCAAUCAGUUAAUGGUUCUUAAACAUCUGAAUUCUGCCAUAAAUGCAGACGGAAUGUUGUACUAAAAUCCCUUGAUUUCCUUAGCCACUAUCAAUGGAAAAUAUUCCUUACAUAUUUAAUCUAUAGUGCCACAGCAAAAUAAAAAAUGUCUUAGCAGAGUUGUGAGUUCACAGUUUGAAUUGAAUGUGAUGACAAAGUAAGACAUUGUUCUGCAAAAUUAUACAAAGAUAAUUAAAGUACAAAAUGAAUAAGUAAGGAACUAUUGGGAAUUGUUAAAUGAACAAAUUAAGUAUACAUUCAGAUACAAACCAAAGCACACAAUUAUGACACCAAAACAAAAAAAUAACAAUAAAAAAAGUAUACACCUUAGGGAGAAAUUAUAUAAUGAAGUCGUACAGUUAAAAUGUAGGAGUUUUUUUUUUUUUUUCUAGAGCUAUAAUUGCAAAUGUCCUCAAAAAUGAAUAAUAACAUUUAAAUAUUUUCCCUGAAUACAUAAAAUAGUUGUAGUGUGGAGUUUCAUAUCUUUUGGACCACAAGGGUCUUGCUGCUAAAGCUACAACUGUUUAUGGCUAGGGUAUUAAAUAUGUUGUAUGAGAGUGAAUAGCUCUAAUUUUUGUUUAUUUUAUUUUUUGUUAUGAUUUGAUACUUUUAUAAACUAUGGUUAUUGUCAGUGCAAACUGUUACGCUAUACUGUAUAUCUUCCACUAUGUGGGCUUAAUGUUAGUCAGUCUGUGACUUGUUUUCAUAUAUGCUUAAUGAUUAUUAAUGUGAAUACUGUAAAUAAUAAACUGUCCACAAUUAUAAUAUUAUAAUAAGCAUUCUUCAAAUAUGGAUGCCUCAGUCAGGAAGGGUAGCAGUGUUAGAAACCCAAACUGAAGAUAUGGUCUUUCUUUCUUUUUGAUAAAACUAUGAUUACGCUACAAUUGUUUAAACUUGUGUUAUGAGAUGUACUGUAUAUGCUGUUUCUAGAUGCGUAACUCUGUUCCUGUAGACCAUAAAUUUCAUUUGUGCAACACACACAGUGCUUUCCAAUUA